AUGUUGGAUGAUCUGCAUGCUGUUAUGAACAAGCUCCACGAGGCCUUCGCGCCUCUCAAGAUUCCUCCCAUCGACCUCCCGCAGAUUGCUGUGGUUGGGAGCCAGAGCAGCGGGAAAAGCAGCGUGUUAGAGAGCAUAGUGGGGUAUGACUUCCUGCCUCGAGGAUCCGGCAUCUGUACCAGACGUCCAUUGAUCAUUCAGUUGACCUGCUGCGACGUGCAAGACUAUGCCGAGUUCUCGCACUUGGAGGGGAGGAUCACGGACUUCGAGAAGGUGCGGGAAGUGAUUGAUAAAGAGACAGACAAGGUGGCAGGCAAGCAGAAAGGGGUCUCUGAAGUCCCUCUCAUUCUCAAGUUCUUCGGGAGGAACUUCCCCAACCUCAGCCUCGUCGACCUGCCCGGCCUCACGAUGGUGCCUGUCGCCGACCAGCCUGCGAACAUCGGGCAGCUCAUAAGAGAGAUGGUGAUGGGCUUCAUCAGCAGGCCCAACUGCAUCAUCCUCGCUGUCUCCGCUGCCAACCAGGACAUUGCGAACUCGGACGCUCUGCACACAGCAAGAAUGGUCGAUCCUGACGGUCUCCGAACGCUGGGGGUGCUGACGAAGGUGGACCUGAUGGAUGAAGGGACGGACGCGCGAGACAUUCUCAUGGGGAAGAUGUAUCCGCUGAGGCUGGGGUACAUCCCUGUGGUGAACAGGAGCCAGAAAGACAUCAACGACAAGAAACCGAUGCAGGAGAGCCUCAAGGCAGAGCAGCUGUUCUUUGAGAACCAUCCUGUCUACCGCAACUCCAAGUUCGAGAAGGGGAUCCCGAUGCUGUCCAAGAGGCUGAGCUCAGUGCUGGAGGCACACAUUCGUACCCAGCUCCCGGAGAUCAGCAAGAAGAUCAAGAGCAUGCUCCGAGAGACCCAGGAGGACCUCGUGCGCUAUGGCGUCAGAGGGCCGAGCACGCCGUUCGAGUGCCGCAGCACGGUAAUGAAGGCGAUCCAAGAGUUCUGCGAGAAGUUCCGGGAGGCCAUGAAUGGCGAGAGUCGCCGCAACACCUACAAGGGGCUGUUUGGCCCUGCCAGGAUCCGAGAGAUCUUCCGGAACGAGUUCCCGCAGGAGGUCGCUUCGCUGGACGCAUCCUACCUGUCGGACAAGGAGAUCCAGAUGGCUCGCAGGAACGCCGUAGGCCUGCACGCCGAUCUCUUCGUGCCCAACUCAGCAUUCGAGACGUUGAUCAAGAGGCUCAUCGACAUGCUGCAUGACCCGACCUCUACCUGCGUGCAGAAAGUUUCCGAUGAGAUCGACACUCUGUUCCAUCAGACCAUAUCUGACUGCAAGUUCCUCUCGCGGUUCGCAGAGCUGAAGCAGACGAUCUCGCUAGAAUGCCGCUCGCUCCUGAAUGUCAAGACCACGGCUGCUGCAGAGUUUGCUCGCAACCUUGUUGAGAUGGAGAAGAGUUAUGUCAACACUGAGCACCCCAACUUCAUCAACUAUCGUGACACCGUCUACAAACAAACUCACAUGAAUGCCCUCCCUGCUCAAACUCAACCUCCGUCGCAAACAACGACAUAUCAUAGCGGAAGGACCGAGAAGGAGAAUGUCUCGCAGCAGCAGUCAGCAGCGGAACACUGCUCCGCCUACAUCGGUCGGGAGUGGCAGGACGUCGAGCUCAAGCUUGACGGGCAGGAGCUGCGGCUGAUCCCCAAGUCCAACCCCCACGGGACGCAAACUGUUCCGCUGCUGGGAAGCAACAUCUCUGUGCGGGAGCUCUGGGAUGGGGGUCAACAGAUCUCGAUCCGGUAUCAAUCGUCGAAGGGAUGGGUGCUGCACAGCACCGACGAGAUGCAGCUCAAGAUCUCUGACGGCCAGAGCGCGAGCAGAUGGGUCAUGAUGUUCAAGCCUGACUGGCUUGGUUGCCUGCCAGAGAGCAGCGGAGGGCGAGGAGGUCGUGCAAGUGCCAAGAUCUCCCCAUCGGGGGGCAGCGACGUCUCUGAAUCAGGCAUUCUGCGACAGCUGCUACAGCAGUACUUCGAGCUGGUCAAACGUUCGACGACGGACUCGAUUCCCAAGGCGCUCAUGCUCAAGCUUGUCCAGUCGUUCGAGACGAACCUGUACCCUCAUCUCAUGCAGGCGAUCGAUCUCGACAACGACGAGGUGGUGGCUGACUUGACCAAGGAGUCGCUGGAGAUUGUCCGUCGACGUCAAGAGGUGGACAGACUGGAGGGAGCACUAAGGAAGGCGAUCCUUGUUCUCCGAGAGCUCUGA